CCGCCCGUCUCGGCCUCCCAAAGUGCUGGGAUUACAGGCUUGAGCCACCGCGCCCGGCCAAUACAGUUGUUUUCUAAUAUGGGAAAUGAGAACUUCAUACAAGAGUGAAAUAAAGUAAUUACAAAACCAACUGGCAGUGUAAGAUGUAUUGCAAAUGAAUGACAAGGAAUUGCGGUGCUGUUCUACAGCUCCACUCUGAACAGCAUUUUUAUGGCUCAGAACUGGGAGACUACCUUGUGAGAUAGUGAUUUGGUCUAUUACUAGACUCUUGGGUGCUGUUUUGUGGUCUUUAACCAAAAGCCAUCUGAGGCCAUUGGAUUGAUAUCCCACAUUGAGUGUAGGACAUCUUGCCUGUCACUGGCAGAAUAAUGGAUACGGGUCAGACUUUUCCCCACCAUGCUCUAUCCCAUGAUCCUGUUUUAUUCCCAACCCUUAUCACUCAACAAAAUUCUCAUGUUUAUUUAUUUAUUUACAUAUUUGUUGACUGUUACAUCCCCGGCUAGAACAGUGGAGCAGCUCCUGGCAUUUAAUAGGGUCUCAGUCAAUAGGAAUGCUUAUAAAAUAGCAUCACUACAGGAGCCCUUUUGCUGCAAGGUGUGGGUGCUCUGAAGAACACUGCAGCCCGCCCCCUCAUGUGCCUCCUGGGAGACUGUGCUGUUGAUGCCCCCAAAGAGAAGUCUAUAUGUGUACUUGUUUCUGUAUGUAUUUGUUGCCUCAAUGUUUCUGUUUCCUGGCCCUCUCUUAUCUUUCCUGUACAAGUGACUGAUACUCCUUUCUCAUUUUUUUCUGAACAUGGUUCUAUUAUUGCACCUGCAUCUUAGUUGUCUGUCACCUCCUGAUAGAUUUUAAUCUCAUAUCUUUGAAUUACCAUGCACCAAGCACAUAGAAACACUUAAGUAAUAAAUGUGUGUUGAAUGAGAAAAAUGAAUUAAGUGCCUAUAAAAUACUUUCCGUAUAACAUGGUUGUGGGGAGAAGGGUGGUGUUGAAGGAAGUUUUAAAAUCAACCAAGCAGCAUAGAUUUGUUUAACACUGGACUCGAGGGGAGAUACAAAGCCUUUCUUGCUCAGGAGAAGGGUGAAUGCUUGGGCCAGGUGGUUAGGAAAUCCUUCCUGAAAGAUUACGUGAAUCGCAACUUUAUGGGUGGGUGGAUUCUAAGUCAGUGGGAGGGAGUGGGCAGUCAGGAUCUAAAGAUUGGGAGUGUAGAGAGAGGAAAGGUGCGAGAUAAGCUGGGUGAUUGCAGUGAUAUGAGUCUGGCUGGAGGAGACGUUCUGAGUUAGGCAAUGCACAGAGCUGAAGUUAGAAAGUGGGUUAGAUUGAGACUGAGGGGGCUUUGGUGCUAGACUGAGAAUUCAGACAGCUUUACCCUGUAGAGAGUGGGAACCGCUAAAAUAAAACAUCGGGAGAUAUUCUUUGCAUUACACAUAGAUGAGGAACUCCUCUUGUUCAUGCAGAUUUGUGUUUUCUUUACAUUGCAGUCACCUAGAAUCAGAAGGCUCUUGCUAUAAUAUUGUUUAAGAGAGGUACCAGGUGUUAGUGUUAUCACUCUUGCUGGGAAGACGCUAUUGUCCAAAUGGACAGUCCUAGCCAUGCUCCUUCUCAGGUGGAGCUAAUGUGAUGGUUCCUUGGUCCUUAUUAUGCUCACCUGUGCAUGCCCGGGAAGGAUGGGCAUGAAGAGGGACCCCGGCUGUCCUGAGUCACAAGUGUUUUAACCUGCCCCAAUCUGGACAGGCUACCCUUCAGUCCUGGGAUACAGCAGUCAUCCUGAAUCUGCCUUCAGCCUAAUCUUGGGGAUAUGUUCAAUGCUUCCCCACAUUGUCUGUCCCUAGGCUGUAUCUCAUGGAGAUUCCUUUCCUGUGUGACCACUUUCUUUUAGUGGAGCCUGUCUUCCAGUCGGUUUUUGGAAAUAUUUCAUUUUGCUUUGGAAGACACUCUACAGCAAAUAGUUAUUUAAAUGUACACAUUUGGCAGUACAAUUCCAUUUUUGUUUUUAAAACUGUUCAUACAUAUUCAUAGACUAAAGACUGGGAGGUUAUAUAUAAAAUGUUAACAGGUUCUCAGGAAAGAAGGGUAAUGAAAAGUAAUUCUUUUUCAAUAAAGGGAAUGUGUGUGAUCUUAAUACAUUUUUUUCUGCUUAUUUCUAUUGUCCAAAUUUUUUGCAGUCACCAUAAGAAAAAUCUAUUAUGAUAGUGACUAGUAAGAAUGAUCUGUGUCAUUUUCCUCAAGAAAUGUCUACUGUCGAGGUUAAAAUUGAUACUUCACCUAUUUUUAAAUGGCAUGCUGCUAUUCCCAAUGUUAUUUUUCUUUGGACUGAGAAAUUUGUUUUUUGUUGAUAAUUUGAUUGAUUUACUUCUUUUUAAAAUUUCUUUAGGUAAUGUUUUCAUGGCACAAAACUUAAAAUGAUAAAACAUUUCUACUUUUUCUGUUGAUUUCUUUUAUAACACUUUGUUGUGUGGCUGCAGUACCUUACCUCUUUGAUGACUGGAUGAUAGGUUUUGUUGUUGUUGUUUUUUUUUAAGUUUUUUUCUCCAUGCCUCCCUUACAUUUUCUUAGCAACCCCCCCCAGCCACCCCAACACCUCCCAUCUGUUUUGGUCUCUAUAGUCCCUGUUAGAUCCUUUCCCCAAGUGUCUGGUAGUCCAGUCUGCUGACAUUUAGCAGUGGAAGACCAAAACUCUAAUAACUCUGUGCUUGUGAGAGGGAGGACGGGCUUAUCAGCUGGAGCCUCGUGUAAAGAACCUGGGGAGGCAUUUGUUGGGGCACAGCCCUCCCCUAGUUCUCAUUCCAUUGGGCUGUCUGCUUGCCCUCCUGUGCUAGAGGUUUCCCGUGCUGGAAGAUGCCAGGCUUUUGAGGAUGCAGUGUGCGCCUUGGGUGGUUCUCCGCUUUGCCUGCUGCCGGGCGAGGAUUUGAUUUUCUUGGAUCUGCUGAGUGACUGCUUUUUCAUCUGCUUCUCGGUUUCCAAGAGCAUAUUGCGGUCAUCUCCUUGUUGUGCCCCCUGUUAUAGUGGGGGUUUUGUUUGGGGGAUGGGCUUUUAAAUUAACAGGGAAUAAACCAAAUUAAAUGGGCUUGUUUAAUCUGCCGUCUUAAUCUGGAACUCCUCCAAGCACUUUCUGAACUCCCUGCCCCACAGAGCCCCUUUACAAGCCACACGGGAUGUAGAUCUCAGCCCCAAAGCAUUGCCUGUUUUCAUCAUUCACAGACAUAGUUCUAAAUGACUUUCAGCUAUUUCUAGAAAUCGGACACAUCUUCCUAAGUGAAGGUUUACCAUGUUUAAGGUUCCAUGAAAGAAUGUGCCCUAAGUUGUUGCCCAGCCCCUGGCUGAGAAGGAACGGGCGUGUGGGAGGCGGGUGAAGAGCACACAGGGAGGGGACGGAGAAGCUCCUAAGCCAGCUCCUUCAUGGGUCAGUUUCGUUUCAGCGCAUGGCACUUCCCAGAAGAAACGAGUCUCGUUCUCACUGUGAUCUGUACCCAGGUGGGGAGAUAUGGGGUGUGGGCCUUGCAUGUAAAUUGACAACACCCCUUCCCAUGCAGGGUACCCUCAGGUGGUCAGGAACACUUUUGGAAGGUAAAUCUAAGGAAGAGGGUGGUACUUAGCAGCUGUCAUUUUCCUUUCAGGCUCCUGUGACGUUUGAUGACAUCACUGUGUACUUACUCCAGGAGGAAUGGGUGCUGCUGAGCCAGCAACAGAAGGAGCUCUGUGGUUCCGACAAGCUGGUGGCACCACUGGGUAUGGGUGCCCAUCCACAUCCCUGCCACCAUCAAUCUAGAUCAGCAUUCCCAACCUCAUCUGCGUCAGGAACACCGGAGAGAGUUUUCUGGAAUCCAAGCAUUUGUCUAGGCAUCUUUACACCACCUAUCUGCUCGAUCCCGUAUCUACCUUAAUUGCAUGCAAAUUCACACAUCACCGUUUCUCUUCUCCCCAUAAAAUGGUCAAGAGAAGUGGGGCAAUCUGGCAGGCCUGGGCUAGACUCCUGGGUCUGUCUCCUGGUGCCUCAGAAUGCCCCAAGGGGCCCGGAGGGAAACUCAGAAGCUAGGCCUGUGGAUCUGUGGAGCCCGUAGGACGCUGGAGGACCAACUGUUGCCAACCCUGAGCUGUUUUGUAAGUUCGGACCAGGGCCAGAGCCAUGGCUUGGCAGCGUCCAGGGCCAGAGGAGCCACCUGGAGCAUCACCAAGGAAAAAAACAGAUGGGCUACAUGGAAGACAUGGGCGUGCAAGGUCCCACCAGGGAGAGUGGACAGUCCCUGCCGCCUAAGAAGAAAGCCCGCCUUUCCCACCUCAGUACGUGCCGUGGACACAUCGAGGGAGACUGGGCAGGAAGAAACAGGAAACUCCUGAAGCCCCGGUCCAUCCAGCAGUCAUGGUUUGUGCAGUUUCCGUGGCUGAUCAUGAAUGAGGAGCAGACGGCUCUGUUCUGCUCUGCUUGCCGAGAAUACCCCUCCAUCAGGGACAAACGGUCAAGACUAAUAGAAGGUUAUACAGGACCAUUCAAGGUGGAGACUCUCAAAUACCACGCCAAGAGCAAGGCCCACAUGUUCUGUGUCGAUGCCUUGGCAGCAAGGGACCCCAUCUGGGCAGCCCGGUUCCGGAGCAUCAGAGACCCAUCUGGAGAUGUCCUGGCCAGCCCGGAGCCACUCUUCACGGCAGAUUACCCCAUAUUCUACCCCCCAGGGCCUCUGGGAGGCUUUGAUAGCAUGGCUGAGCUCCUGCCAAGCUCAAGAGCUGAACUAGAGGACCCUGGGGGGAAUGGAGCAAUUCCUGCUGUGUAUCUGGACUGCAUUUCAGAUUUGAGGCAAAAAGAAGUCACUGAUGGCAUCCACAGCUCCUCAGACAUUGAUAUUUUAUGUAAUGAUGCAGUAGAAUCCUGCAUUCAGGACCCUUCUGCAGAGGGGUUGUCGGAGGAGGUUCCUGUGGUGUUUGAGGAGCUGCCGGUGGUGUUCGAGGAUGUGGCAGUGUAUUUCACCCGGGAGGAGUGGGGCAUGCUAGACAAGCGGCAGAAGGAGUUGUACAGAGAUGUGAUGCGGAUGAACUACGAGCUGCUGGCAUCCUUAGGACCUGCUGCUGCCAAGCCAGACUUGAUCUCCAAACUGGAGCGGAGGGCUGCACCCUGGAUCAAGGACCCAAAUGGGCCAAAGUGGGGGAAAGGUCGUCCUCCAGGGAACAAGAAGAUGGUGGCAGUGAGAGAGGCAGACACACAGGCCUUGGCUGCAGACUCUGCGUUGCUUCCAGCCUCUCCUGUGGAGGCCCGUGCCUCCUGCUGCGGUCCCAGCAUUUGUGAAGGAGAAGGAGAUGGACCUAGGAGAAUCAAGAGGACAUAUAGGCCCCGUUCCAUUCAGAGGUCAUGGUUUGGGCAGUUCCCAUGGUUAGUCAUUGACCCCAAAGAGACCAAACUCUUCUGCUCAGCCUGCAAAGAAAGACCUAAUCUCCACGACAAAUCAUCUCGGUUAGUCAGAGGUUAUACGGGGCCUUUUAAAGUGGAGACUUUAAAAUACCAUGAAGUCAGCAAAGCCCACAGGCUCUGUGUGAACACGGUUGAAAUCAAGGAAGACACCCCUCACACUGCCCUCAUUCCAGAGAUCUCCAGCGACCUCAUGGCCAACAUGGAGCACUUUUUCAAUGCCGCCUACUCCAUCGCAUACCACUCAAGGCCCCUGAAUGACUUUGAGAAGAUCCUGCAGCUCCUCCAAAGCACCGGGACCAUGAUAUUAGGCAAGUACCGCAAUCGCACAGCAUGCACUCAGUUCAUCAAGUACAUCUCGGAGACCCUGAAGAGGGAGAUCCUGGAGGACGUGCGGAACUCGCCCUGCGUGAGCGUGCUGCUGGACAGCUCCACUGACGCCUCCGAGCAGGCCUGCGUGGGGAUUUACAUCCGCUACUUUAAGCAGAUGGAGGUGAAAGAGUCCUACAUCACUCUGGCCCCUCUCUGCAGUGAGACAGCGGAUGGCUACUUCGAGACCAUCGUUUCUGCCCUGGAUGAGCUGGACAUCCCCUUCCGGAAGCCUGGCUGGGUGGUGGGGCUGGGAACGGAUGGCUCAGCCAUGUUGAGCUGCAGAGGAGGCCUUGUGGAAAAGUUCCAGGAGGUCAUCCCGCAGCUGCUGCCUGUCCACUGUGUGGCCCACCGGCUGCACCUGGCUGUGGUGGAUGCCUGUGGGAGCAUCGAUCUGGUGAAGAAGUGUGACCGGCACAUCCGCACCGUCUUCAAGUUUUAUCAGUCGUCAAACAAGAGGCUGAACGAGCUGCAGGAAGGUGCAGCGUCUCUGGAGCAGGAGAUCAUCCGCUUGAAGGAUCUGAACGCAGUCCGCUGGGUGGCCAGCAGGAGGCGCACGCUGCACGCGCUGCUCGGAAGCUGGCCCGCCCUGGCCAGGCAUCUCCAGAGCGUGGCGGAGGCUGGGGGCCAGAUUGGGCACCGGGCCAAGGGGAUGCUGAAGCUCAUGCGCGGCUUCCACUUUGUCAAGUUCUGCCACUUCCUGUUGGACUUCCUGAGCAUUUACAGGCCUCUGUCCCAGGUGUGCCAGAAGGAGAUCGUGCUGAUUACAGAGGUGAACGCCACGCUGGGCCGGGCCUAUGUGGCACUGGAGAGCCUCCGUCACCAGGCGGGGCCCAAAGAGGAAGAAUUCAACGCCAGCUUCAAGGAUGGGCGGCUGCACGGCAUCUGCUUGGACGGACUGGAGGUAGCGGAACAGCGGUUCCAGGCAGACAGGGAGAAGACGGUCCUGACCGGGAUCGAGUACCUCCAGCAGAGGUUCGACGCAGACCGACCCCCACAGCUCAAGAACAUGGAGGUGUUUGACACCAUGGCCUGGCCAAGCGGGAUCGAACUUGCCAGUUUUGGGAAUGAUGACAUUCUCACCCUGGCCAGGUAUUUCGAGUGCUCCCUCCCAACAGGAUACAGUGAGGAAGCUCUGCUGGAGGAGUGGCUGGGCCUGAAAGCCAUCGCCCAGCACCUUCCGUUCUCCAUGCUCUGCAAAAACGCCCUGGCCCAGCACUGCCGCUUCCCCCUGCUGAGCAAGCUCAUGGCCGUGGUGGUCUGUGUGCCCAUCUCCACCUCCUGCUGUGAGCGGGGGUUCAAGGCCAUGAACCGGAUCAGGACCGAUGAGAGGACCAAGCUCUCCAAUGAGGUGCUCAACAUGCUCAUGAUGACGGCUGUGAACGGCGUGGCCGUCACGGAGUACGACCCUCAGCCCGCCAUCCAGCACUGGUUCCUGACCUCCUCAGGCCGGCGUUUCAGCCAUGUCUAUGCCUGUGCCCAGGUGCCAGCCCGCUCCCCUGCAAGCGCCAGGCCCAGGAAGGAGGAGAUGGGAGCCCUCUAUGUGGAGUCUGGGAGCCAGAAGCCACCCAUCGUGCCCUCCAGGGAAGCAGUGGAGGUUCUGAAGGACUGUAUCAUGGAGCCUCCCGAGAGACUCCUGUACCCCCACACCAGCCAGGAGGCCCCCGGGAUGUCCUGAGGGACAGGGAGUCCUUGGGACUGCCUUGGAGACGCCUCUGGGAUCACUGGGACAGGCUCUGCAGAUUCUAGCCUGCCCCAGGAUCUUCUGCUGGUGGCGAUGGUCUCUAAGCACCAGGAAGUGGGCCGUGGCGUCCCGGAGCAGCAGGGGUAUUAGGAGGUGCAUGACCUGUUUCCUGAGGCCCAUUCAGCACAGCCAUGCCUCACAGCACACAAAUGUGCCAGAAGGUUCUGUAUCUCAAGUUCAUUUUUAAGGUGCUCCAGAAAAUAACCCCAUCAUGAAAGGUUUCAGCCCCUGAGUUCUGGUGGCAAGAGGACUGUCCUGGUGGGGGAGACUGUUGGACAUCCCUGGGGAAUGUUCCAGGGAGGCUGCCCACAGCCUAGUGAGAAUGGGAAAGGCCAGUUUGUUAGAGGGGAGGCUGACUCUGCUCUAGGGACAGCUGGCCUGGCUGCAGGAUCCCCCAGAGGCAUUGUUCUGGGACUUCCUACCCUGGCUCCCGCAGCAGAAACAGUGAGGCCUCGAUCUCGUGCGGAUCUGUGCCUCUUCCCAGGGCUUCCUUCAGGGCGAAACAAUCACAAGCCCUUUGCACAGAGCACCCAAGAAAGUUCUCUUCCUGCAGCUCCAGAUGGUAGAGCUGGGGCUCUUCUGGCAGGGGGUCUGGUGCUUCCCGCAGAGCCAAGCCGCGUUUGACCUGUGGCACGCCCGGCCCGGUUUCCUCAGGAGAGGAUGGGACCCAGUUGGAGUUGGGAGGCUUGGGAUGCAGCCCCAGCUCUGCUGCAGGCAGUGGUCUGAUUAAUCCCUUCCUCUUUUCUGUGCCUCAGUUUCCCUCUCCAUGAAGUGGCAGCAGAGAAUCCAAGUGCCUGCUGACUCCCCACCUGCCCUAGGAUUAGUGAAUGAGAGCCUCGGGCUCCCUGAAAGACCUCUGACUGCAGUGUGGACUUACCUGCCUUCCGCCCCAUCCUCGUCCUUAGUGGGACAGGUAGGAAUUUGUCUCCAAAGUCCUUGUUGUAGGAGUUGCUCUCUGAAUGCACCAUCUGCAUGACAGGCUAGUCCACUCUUCUCCGAAUUGCCCUGGGGACUCUGCACCAGGAUCGCCAGGGCCCACUGAGACAUCCCGGAAUGGGGACUCAGUGACAAGGGCUUUGAACAAGCUCCUCCAGGGUCUGUGGGCCUGCUCCCGCUUCAGAACCAUAGAAGCACCGCCCUAGAGGCACAGAGGGGCUUCCGGCACUGCUAGGUUCACACCCUCCUUGCCCAUCUUCCACCUAAAGCGAAGCACUUUUCCUUCCGGGGCAGCUCCAUCUUGGCAGGCUCAGAAGGGGGAUGAUUUUGUCUAGGUUCUGCCUUCCUUAACCAUGGGCAGGAAAUAAGGAAAGUCAGCACUCAGGGCUUCUCUGCCCUGCCUGACACUUGUUUUAAACAGGCAGGAAGUGGGUGCCAUCCAUCCCAGUUUGCUUGCUGCCUGACUCAGGCAGGUCCUGUGCUGUGCCGCAGGCCCCUGUGGGUGGGCCCUUUCUCCAUAAUCUGCUGCUUCCCAUUCCCAGGGUAGAUGCUGGCAUCUGAGCACCUGAGUACCCUUCCUAUUCCCAGGGUAGAAGCUGCUGUCUGAGUACCCUUCCCAUUCCCAGGGUAGAUGCUGGCAUCUGAGCACCUGAGUCCCUUCCUAUUCCCAGGGUAGAAGCUGCUGUCUGAGUACCCUUCCCAUUCCCAGGGUAGAUGCUGGCGUCCAAGCCCCUCCCCAGUACUGCAGGUGCCCAGUACCCCAUAUGCCUUUUCAUCCCCCACCCCAGCACUUAGCCUCAGCACUGUUGCUUUCCUGCCGUUUUCAGUUCUAGUCAGGAAUUCCUUUCUUGCUUUCUGCCUUUGACCUGUGGAAACGUCUCCCAGCCCUGUGGGUCUGGCGGUCAGAGGCACCCCUCAGGCCUGUGGUGCGGGAGCUCUGGGAGGUGUUACUAUCCACGUGGCUAAGACAUGCACAGGCCUCCCUCUUUCCAUCACCGUCUCCAUGGGCGUUCAGGAACUUGCCCAGGUCAGGCACUGUGGAUGUGAACUGGUGGAAGGGGAGGGAGAAAGGCUUUUUUAGGUGGGGCUGUAGCCUCUGCCCUACCCACAGGGAUUCCACAUCAAGGUGCUGUUCCAGCACACACGCUUCCCGCGGCCUCUUCAUCCUUGAAGAAUCCCUCAGAGCAGGGGGCCAUCCUGUGAGCAGCCGUGAGUGGGUCUCUGUGGGAGCAGUUCUGGAGCUGAGGUGGAAGCCAGGGGAAGCCCCUCGCCCUCUCCACGUCAGCAUCAGCGUGCUCCGAGGACACCGUCCAGUGCCUUCCUUAGGUGGUGGGAAAAGCGGUCCCCUUGCAGCGGGGCCACUGAGAACACUACCCGAUUUCUCGAGGGGCGCAGGCCUGCUCCGUUCCCCUUUGUCAGCCAAUGACCAAGAAGGAAGAAGAUGACUGCCGUCUCAUUCCUGAACUUCCUCAUUCAGGACUCCCGGGGAAACACAGUGAGCGUCCUUAUCCGAGGCCCGUCUCAUUCCUGAACUUCCUCAUUCAGGACUCCCGGGGAAACACAGUGAGCGUCCUUAUCCGAGGCCCUGGCCCAGGCCGGCCCCUUUGCUUUGUUUGGAGAGGCUGGCUGAGUUUCAGCCCCUAGUGCCCGGAGACCCCCUUGUUGGAGAGGCUUCCUGUUCAUGCCUCACAAGAAGAAAAACCACAGGGCUCUGGGAGUGGAAGGAGCACGCACUCCCGCUUUGGCUGGAGUCCCAGCGCUUGUCGCCACCUUCCUCCUUGCCUGUAGUCUUGACAGCAUCCGUAUGUACGUGUCCUGGCAUUUCCCCUCCCUCUCCCUGAUGACUGAUGCCCACCGGGUCUGACAUUCCAAGUAACCAGUAUGUAACUGGUAGUUUGAUCCCAGUAGCCAUAGCGACUGCAGGUGGGAGAGAGGGAGCCAGCCCCCUGUCCUGGAAGAUACCUUAGAGUAUGUGACCACGCUCCAGAACCUUGCUUCUCUCUCCUGCAGAGGGUGGGUUUCUGGGGUGCUAAGUACCUACCAGAACAGCGUGGAGGGGCAGGUACACGAACUGGCCCAGGGAUGUUCUCUCCUCCAUUUUCAAAGAUGAAAGGAGGUUUUAAAGACCAUGUUUGAUUCCUAACCUUUUGCUACCUGAAUAAAGCAGAGUCUAUUUCAA